CCUCCAUUAAAAAACAAAAAUAAAGAGUUCAACUUUUCGUCGAUUCAACACAUCAAAGAACAUGUGGAUCACGAGUUUUGUGUUGCUUGCGGCCGCKCAAGGAAUCGUGAAUGGUUACGGCAGACAUGCAUGGGGUGAUCAUGAAUCCCUCAGUGACUAUGGCGAAGAGGAUCUUUACAGAGACCUGGAUUACUGGAAUAGAAAAGAUAACCAAUUAGACACUCCUAUCACAAAAGCGAUAUCAGCGGCAGAACAUUCAUUGGCAGCAGCCAAAGCAGUAGUACAAGCCAGGAAAUACGCAGCUCAAGCCCUGCAAGCUGCUCAACAGGCGGCAAAGGCAGCGGCUUUGGCGGGAAAACAUUCCAAGUUGGCGGCACACAUGGCAUCUGCAGCCGCCUCGCGUUCAGCAGCUCAUUUGGCUAAAGUCCCUGGAGCAAAAUCUGCUGGAGGUAGAAGUGGUUCAUCGUUAAGUGGUAGAAGGCCUGGCUCCUCAGCAGCUGGUGGUAGAAGAGCUGGCUCCUCAGCAGUUGGUAGGAAAAAGCCUGGUUCUUCAGCAGCUGGAGGAAGAAGGCCUGUUUCUGCAGCAGGUGGUAGAGCCGGCUCAAGACCAGGAUCUUCAUCAGCUCGACCAACUAUCGCCGGUACUCCAACAGGAUCCUCAAAAGGYGGUUCUUCAAGCGCCGCAGCAGGUGGGUCAAAGACUCUUAGCUUCAACGUGGUCCUUCGUUUUCCAACCUAUCGCUUUUAUCCUGCUUUGUCACAAAGUUCAAGCCGUGCGGCAGUUUCUCUCAAACAACGCAUGUGCAACGCGAUGAGGGGUGUUUUCAAGAGAGGCGAAAUGCUUCAAUGUCAAAUCAAAAGCCUAAAGAGCGGCAGCUUGGUGGUAGAUUUCUUCCUCAGGUUUGUACCCUCUGUUAAAAACGCAAUACAGCGCAUUAAGAACGCCAUCAAGAGUGRAUACUUCAAUGGGCUUCCUGUGCAAAAAACUCCCGUUAAAGUGUACAACGUCAAAGGAGGAAAGCCUAGCUCUGCAGCUGCUAGUAAAACUGGAUGCAAACCUUGCAAGUCUCUAGCACCGGGAGUCAAGCUCAUGAAUCAAAGCCAGUGCCCAACAGGUUACUGCGCUACCCUGAUGAUUAACCCUGCUCAAGCAAUGCAGGCCGCUGCUCCAGCCCAACCGCCUGCCUACCCCCAGAUGGCUGCGCAGCCCUCGUACAGCUCGUGCCCACAGAUGUGUCAGCCCCCAGCAACACAGUACUCCUGCCCGCCUGCCUGUCCUCCCUCGUGCUGCAUGAUGGGAAAGAAAUAAAGUACUUUUAAUAAAUAAUAAAUAAUCAUAAGUAAUAUAUUUCUCCGGACUAGCGUGAUGAAGGGCGUAAUUUCUGUUCAGUCUUUAAGUACGGUUCAAGGUGUCAGAAAUYGUAUUCUAUUUCUGUUAACUGAUUAUCGAAUUCCUAAUUAAUUAGCGGCCAAAUACAUUCAAAUCAAGAAUUCGGAAUCCCAUGGGUUYGAAAUUAGGCGCUUAAAAAAGACACGAGUAAUCUGGAACGCAAGGAGUCGGGAUAUUGGAAUCUACUCUGGUUCUAAAAUAAGCCAGUUCAUAGUUUAAGAAUCGUUUCCAGUGCCUAUGCGAUUUUAUCCCGAAUUUAUCACCUUCUUUUGUUUAAUUAAGAGCAAAAGAAGGUUUAAACAAAAGGUGAGAAAUUCGGGAUAAAAUCGCGUGCGCACUGGAAACGAUUCUUAAACUUUGAACUGGCUUUUUAGUGUAGUACAUUUUAGCGAUAUAUUGGUUCCAUGCUUUAGUGUCGUAACGAGGAAAAUGAAAAUUCAUCUAAGAUGUAAAUAUAGUUACAGGGGAAAAAUUAAACACAUUUGUCUUCCUCA